GGCGCCCGACACCGGCUGCACGAACUGGGCCGACAUCUCCCUGGGCGACCCCGUGCAGCAGUCUUCGGCGGAGGGGUGCGGGCAGCUCUGCCUGGACACGGCGGGCUGCGUGGGCUUCGGGUACCAGCCCGGGACGUGCCGCGUUGGAGAUUCUGGAGGGGAGUCGCUCCAAGGAGGCUGCUAUUUGUGGAACGGAGACUGUAGCAUGGGCGUCAACGAAUGCUGGGACGAGUACACGCUGACAAACGCGUCCACUACCCCCUCUGGGAACUCAUCGACAGCUUCAGCAACUACAGAACAAGCCGGCGAUGUAGCAGGCGGCGGGGACUCUUCCACGACGCCGGAGGCGGGCUCUUCGAAGACGACAACGGAGGCCAACUCUGCAACCACGCUGGAGGCCAGCACGGGCCCUGGCGCGCUGCCCGGCGCGCUGCCCCCGUGGUGGAUCACGCACGGCGUCCACCCCGCCAAGGAGAAG